AUGCUCAAGCAAUCAAGUGUCGUCGAUGUGUUGCUUCUUCUGCUUGCGAUCGCUGUUCUCGCGACGCCGGCGUUCUCCGAUCUGGUUUUAUCCAAAGUCGAACGUCGUAUCGAUGUGACCUCACAGUUUGCUCGCGUUACCAAGACCCUUAAGGUCGUAAACUCUGGCUCUGAAUCAGUUUCCGAGUUUACUUUGACAUUCCCAAAGUUUCUUGGGAACAACUUGGCAUAUUUAUCGGUUGCACAUAGCGAAGGAAAAGGGAAAUCUAAACGCCCUUUGGUCAAUCUCUCUGUGGAAGCAGCUAAUCCCAAAGGAAUGCCCGAUUCGAUCAGUUUCUACACAGUUGCAUUACCCAAACCACUCAGUAAAGGCGAGACCUUGACGUUAGAGGUAGUUGCUGCAUUCACCAAUGUGCUUCAGCCAUUUCCUGAGAAGAUAAGCCAAGGUGAUGUCCAUCUUGUUAUGCUCCAAGAAAGCGCACAGUAUCUCUCUCCUUACGCGGUCGAGUCUCAGUCAUUGUCUAUCAAACUACUACCCAAUGCCAGAAUCGAAUCUUACACCAACUUGGAGAACACGAAGCUACAGGGGUCAGAGAUCAAAUAUGGCCCGUACAAGAAUCUACCACAGUACUCAUACUCUCCCAUAGUUGUCCACUUUGAGAGCAAGGCUGCAUUUGCUGUGGCAGAGAAGCUCGUGCGAGAAAUUGAAGUGUCUCAUUGGGGGAACGUGCAGGUCACCGAGCAUUACAAUAUCGUUCACCGAGGAGCUCAACUCAAGGGAGAGUUUUCAAGGUUAGAAUUUCAAGACAGACCUAAUCCACGAGGAGCAUCUGCCUUUAGGCAUUUACUUGCUAGAUUACCACCCAGAGCCCAUUCCAUAUACUACAGGGAUGAUAUUGGCAAUAUCUCCACGUCUCAGAUGCAAAGUGAUUCGAAAAAGACAGAGCUACUAAUUGAGCCUCGGUUUCCAUUGUUUGGUGGGUGGAAAACAUUUUUCACGAUUGGUUAUGGUUUGCCACUUAGUGACUUUUUGUUUGCAUCGGAAGGGAAACGUUUCCUCGACAUAUCCUUUGGCUCCCCUAUGCUCGACCUUGUCACUGAACAUCUUAUUGUACAGCUUAGAAUUGAUGUGGAUGCAGAUGAAGAUGAGGUGGUCUUACCUGAGGGUUCGAAGGAUAUAUCAGUUAUCACUCCAUUUGCUGUCAAGCAGUCACAAGAGAUCAAAUAUUCGCACUUAGAUAUAGCUGGUAGACCAGUUGUUGUGCUUGAGAAGAACAACGUUGUCCCUGAUCACAAUCAGAAGAUUCAGGUCUACUAUAAGUUCAGCAACAUCAAUCUGCUGAGUGAGCCAUUGAUGCUAAUCUCUGGAUUUUUUGUUUUGUUCAUCACCUGCAUCAUAUACACGCGGGCUGACUUUUCAAUCUCCAAGUCCUCUGCUGCAUAUUUGGCGAAACUCCAAUGGGAUGAGGUCCUAGCAACACUACAGGAAGUCCAAAGUAUCAUCCAAAAAUGCUUAGCUACACAUGAUAAGCUCGAAGCAUCAUUGCGUGAUCUCUCAAGAACCGGUGACAUUCAAACCUGCAAAGCAGCUCGCAAAUCCUAUGACAGUUUACUGAAAGAUCUUUCGAAAGAACUGAAACCUUUACUGGCUUCAUUACAAUCUUCCCCAUCAGCCUCUCAAAUAUCUCCAAAGGUCGAAGAGCUAGUUGCGAAAGAGAAAGAGCUUCAAGAGAAACUGAUGGCCAAACAUACAACUGUUGUUGAAGGGUACGAGAAGAAAUCCUCAGGGCGCGAUAUCGAAAACCGGAUCGCUUCUCAGCAGCAGAAGAUCAUUGCUUUGAGGCAAGACGUAGAAGAUCUUCUAGAAUUCAUUGAUGAGAUCUAG